AUGGUAGGAAAGGCAAAAUCAGUUGAGCUUUAUCAUCCCGAACCCGUCCCGCUAAAAAGGGAUAGUCGCAAAUCCCUCUUCAGACCAUCAUGGAUCACCAUACCGACGACAGAUUCCUCAGAGCGCCUCCUCCCCGAAUCUUGCGGAAAGCCAGGCUCUAAACCCCGUGUCCCGUUGAAAGAUGUCUUUCUCUUGUCGAUCGAACUGCUCUGUCUCGUGGCGGGGCUGCUGACUGUCUUCUAUUCCCGAGUUGCCAUCUUUCUGGGACAGAUAAAUCAGUUGAUUGCAAUUGGCUUUCUCUUGGCUGUUAUGGCCGUGUGCCUUGAAGGUCAGAUUCUGCGUACGGCAAUUAUGCACACCGCGAGUCGAAAUGGCUCCACGAUUCAAGAUCUCGACGCCUUGUUACGAAAAGAUCCCUUCGCGUCCAAAAUCCACCCCAUGUAUCGCAUCCUUCUACUGUCUCUACUUGGCCUACCGCUGUUAUUGAGUAUCGGAUAUAAGACAUUUGUUGGAGGGGAGAGCACGAUCGUUGUCCAUAUGGGCGAUGGAUUCUUCGGCUUCUCGUCCACACCGGGCAAGCAGCGAAUCGGGGAUGGUCUGUCUAUUCUCUCCGAUGUUUAUGUGCCAUUCUGGAUCGACCCAGCUCUGAAUCGAACAUACGGCUUUAAUAUGUAUAUUGCCGCUGAUAACAAGACCGCUAUGAUCGUGGACUCACCCUAUCCUUCAUAUUUAACCGCCAUUCAGUCCAGCCUCUCUAACGGCGAGACCGUAUCGUUGUCCGCCACGGUCAAUGCAACGGUAUCGGAAAUGGUCAAUCUAACAGAGGCAGAGCGAAACAGCGAUGAUUUCUGGGCCACUGUCCAAAAUGACUUUGGACACGAUCGCACAACCAAUGGUGGGAAUGUUGAGGGCGCCAAUAAUGCUCUUUGGGCUGGUAUGGGCGGCGGUUUCUCUACGAACUUUUCAAUCAUGUACUUCUCAGCCUGGAACACGACGAGGAACGAGACAUUUGAGUCUGAGGCCAUUCGAACCGAGCAGACGCGCCGAGUGGCCCGAGCCACAUGGGUGAUUUCUUCGUCAGACAUUAUGCUCACAGAAGCUGAGCUGAUUGAGAAUAGCACUCUAGCAAACCAAACUUUGCUGCAAAGUAACGCCAUCGGUCUACAGGAGAUGUUCAGCAUCUUUCUGGGAGAGUAUGACUGGCACAAUCGAGCGGCAGCAUUCGAUUUUCCCUACCCAUCCCCACGCAACGGUGAGCUGCGAUACUUCCAGCCUGUCAACACAAUACCACCAUUAGCCGCAACAAUGGCCUGGGCGCGCAUUACUAGCUUGGACACUAUCGACCGGCCACAGGGAAUUCAAAGUGGCAGCCUAAGGGUCCAGACGGGGUACAGCAAGGCGGAGCGAAAUAUUGUGACCAUUAAAACUGUGCCAAUUCUGCGACGGCUACCGUUGUUGGCUCUCCUAUUGCUGAUAAAUCCCUUGUUGUCUUUGGCGUGUGUUGUCGUGAAGGCCUCGUUCUUGUAUCGGAGUCCCAUUGGGGACAACUUCAACACCAUCUCGCUAUUUGCGGCAGCACGAAAGAGUGAUUUGCGCACUGUGAAGGGAGCCUCCUUAACGGGAGAAUUGACUCGAAAAGUACCAGUGGCUUUCAGUAUCGAGAGUAACAGUCUGCCUGGACACGGCACGGAGGGCCGUGGCGGGGUUGAGCACGUAGUCCUGAGUCUUGACCAGGUCGAUCGAAGGAGCGGGAGGAUUAAAAGGGGCACCGUGUACUCAUAG